CGGGUGGGGCUCCGGCAGAGUAAGGGCUAGCUUCGUUGCGAUGUACGCAAGCGCUGCAUCGCUAGCUAGCUUGCUUGCUCCGUUGAGCGGAUGUGACGUACCUUUGUAAAGUACUGGUGCCCCGCGGGGGGUGCCAGGGAAGGUUCAGCACGGCGAGAAAGUGGGUCGUCCGUCGGCGCAGGCACAUCCUGAGCCGUUGUCGCUUGGGGAGACUUUCUUCUGCCAUCGAUUGAAGCAAAAAGCAAGACAGACGGAAGAGAAGUGGUUGCGAGACGCGAGACUACUGCGAGCCUACUUAAGAGCAGUGUCUGACAUUUCAUGCUGCUUCCCAUUCCCCCCCUGUCCUUCUCAUCCUUCUCAUCCUUCUCAUCCUCCUUUCAUCUCCUCAUCCAUCCUCUCCUCAUCCAAUCAUGGUCGGACGCUGGUCGCCAUCGUUGCUCCUCGUCUCGACGCUCGCGUCCAUUGCCGCUGCUCUUCCGUAUGAGCAGAGCUCGGACAUGAGCGCAGCGAACCUCUUCCUCAAGCUUCGUCAAAACAACAAUGACAACUCAACGUCGGCUUCUGGACCAGGCUCCAGCAAUGGAUCGACCCCCGUUUCUUACAAUCAGCCUUACCGUCCGCAGAUUCACUUUUCGCCCAGCUCGGGCUUCAUGAACGACCCCAAUGGCCUCGUCGUAUCCGGCAAGCCCGGUAACGAGACCAUUCAUAUGUAUUAUCAGUACAACCCCAAUGACACCGUAGCGGGCAACCAACACUGGGGCCACGCCACAUCCAAGUCAUUCGAGAGCUACGAGUGGAAGAAUCACCUCCCCGCCAUUGCUCCCGAAGCCGAAGGUGAAGGCAUUUUCUCGGGCUCGGCCGUCAUCGACUCGAACAACACCUCUGGCUUCUUUGACAACUCCACCGAGCCCGAAGACCGCAUCGUGGCUAUUUACACUCUCAACACGGCCGACGAGGAGAGCCAGAACAUUGCCUACUCGACGAAUGGUGGAUACAAUUUCACCAAGUACGAGAACAAUCCCGUCCUCCGCGAUGUGGGCAAAUAUCAGAAGCAGUUCCGCGAUCCCAAGGUGUUCUGGGAUGCGCCGCACGAGCAGUGGGUCAUGGCUGUCGCGCACACUCAGACGUAUGAAGUCGGAUUCUACACCAGCAAGGAUCUCAAAAGCUGGGAGGAGGCCAGUCGCUUCAGUGCUGGCGUGCUCGGCUACCAGUACGAAUGUCCUGCGCUCUUCCAAGCUCCUUACGUCGGCGGCGACAAGGACGGUCAGAAGGGAUGGGUCCUGCUCAUCAGCAUCAAUCCCGGCGCUCCCCUGGGCGGUUCGAUGACCGAAUACGUCAUUGGCGACUGGGACGGAAAGACGUUCACGAGCGAUGACCCGUCAGCAAAGCUGGCGGAUUUCGGCAAGGACUGGUACGCUGCGCAGACCUGGGACAACACCGACCCCUCGAAGCCACCGGUCGUUAUUGGAUGGGCAAGCAACUGGCAGUACACCAAUGUCGUUCCGACGUCGCCGUGGCGCUCAGUAUUCUCCGUUCCUCGUGAGGUGACCUUGCAGUACGCGGCUCUUAAUCCGCUGGACUCCCGCUAUGUCAUGGCCCAGAACCCCAUCAACACGAGUGCGAUCGUCACCGACUCCCUCCACGACGGCAAAACGGCUGCCAAGAACUCGACAAGCGUUGACCUUAAAGGGGACGGCGCCUUUGACAUCACCGCCAACAUCACUAUGAGCGCCGCCACCUACGGUAGCCUGGCUGCCAACUCAACCGUCGACCUCUACGUCAACGGCACGGCCAAGGGAGACGUGCUGCGCAUUGGCUUCGUCGGUGGCGAACCCGGCGUCGUCUUGAUUGACCGUCGCUUUGCCGGCAAGGACUGGGCGGACAACGACCCGUUCUUCACUGAUCGCUUCUCGACGCAGGCUCAGAUCCUGUACGCCGACGACAACGACAAGGAAAACUCGGACCGCUACUUUACUAUGAGGAUGAUCGUCGACCGCACCAUCACGGAGCUCUUUGUCAAUGACGGUAUCGCGUCGGCUGCGGUGCUGCACUACUGGGAUCAGGAGGGCAAGCCAACAUCGCUCGAGAUGAAGGUAGGCGAUGACCGCCUUAAGGUGCACCUCGAUGUUCAGGCGCUCAAGUCGACGUGGUGAUGCGCGAGUGAACGGGAUUGAGAUAGAUGUCGAAUACCACUAGGAAAUGUUGUCAAUGCCAAUUUGCUUGGAUCGCGCGUGCGCUCGAACCUCUCCGCUCGAUGAUGGUGAUCGCAAGUGA